AACAAUAAGAACCAUGUUAAAAUAUAAUUAUAUUAUUAUUAUUAUUGUUGUGUUUAGCCUCUAUUCCGAUGUUAAGGCAAGAAAUUCUACAAAAAAGAUAGAAUGGAACAGACAGCACAUUCAAGAAAGUUUGGUAUCUUGGUGGCGAAAAAUUAUACUUUCUGGUAAAAAUGUUCAUCUUUUGGAUACAAACUGUAAUACGUUAUCCUCCUUCUAUCCUGGAUACUUGAAUACCAAGGACAGGAAGCUUAUAAUGGUUCCCGGAGCGAAAACGAGUAGGAAAGGAUGGCUGUGGGUUGGAAAUCAGAGGCAUGAUGGGUUUCUGUACGGGGAUAAGGAGCUACUGAUCUUGGGUCGAGGAAACUUGACAUAUAUAUAUCCAGAUUUUAAAACUGGAAUCCAGGGGUUUUUUGAUGGCCGAGAACUUCAGUAUGGAUACGAAGUGAAAAUAGCAGGAGAUAGGCUACGGAAAGGAAUUAAAGAAUUGGUUUUUAAACCUCGGUCUCCUAGAAGAUUCUGGAGAAAAGACACACAGACCGAACCCUUUAUUAGUUCACAAAGACGCUCCAUAGACCCUCAUGAGUACAGAACAGUCUAUGUUGGAAGAUCAAAAAUCCCUGGAGCCGGGGAAGGACUGUUUGCAAAACGAGAUAUUGAGCCUGGAGAUCUAGUUUCAUAUUUUGGUGGACUCAGAACCUUUCACAGAAACUACUUGUUCAAUAAUAUGACUUGGAAUGAAAGACACGCCGCUCUUGUUUUUACGAUAUCAGUUGGAAGGCAAAGUCCUAAACAUUGGGGGAUUGAUGAAGAUUUGGUUAUUGAUAUACCGCCCAAAUACAGAAGUGUUGAAGAAUACCGAACUACACUAGGACAUAAAGUUAACCAUGGGUUUGAUUGGUUCCAAGAAACAAAUACAGUGUUUGGGUUUGUUAUUCAUCCUUUCCUGGGUAAAAUAAGAUGUCUCCUUGCAGUAAAACCGAUAAAGAAACAUGAAGAGCUGCGGGUGUCCUAUAACUAUGAUAUUGGAAAAGCUCCUCUGUGGUAUGCAGCUCAUCUGGAUAAGCUGCUGAAAGCUGAAUGUUCUAAGAAGAAUAUGAGUAAAGAAGAAAAAAACCUUUGUGUUCAAUGCCAACAAUUGCUAGAUUCUUUCGUGUUGGCAGCUUCUAAACGGGUUUCAUAAACAUAGAUACAGACUGCUGUGAAAAUUGGCAUAAAUUUUUUUAUUUGAUUUUAAGCCCUAGACAUGUAUAUUUUAGCUUUAUUUUUAAAGAAGGAAUUGACCAAAUUCUCAAAAAUUUUUGCAUGAUCACUGUGACACUUUUUUAGAGUGAGUAAAGAAAAGGGAUUAGUGUUUUUUCACUGCCCAUUUGUUUUUUUUUGCAGGUUUCAUUUUUAAUAUCUAAAAUAAAAAAUAUUGAAUUAUGGGAUUAAAAUGCAA